AUGGCGCUCGCACCAAAGUACGCAGGCCAGAAGUGGGUUGCUGCUGCCAACCCAGAAACGCUGCACACUCUCGAGCUCUUCUUGGACUAUGUCUGCCCAUUCUCGAAAAAGAUGUUCGACAGAGUUUACCACGAUGUCCUCCCAGCGGCAAGGUCGAAGUACGCAGACAAGGUGCAAUUCAUCUUCCGCCAACAGAUCCAACCAUGGCAUCCAUCGUCUACACUAGUCCACGAGGCUGGCGUGGCUGUGCUCCAGACCAGGCCGGACAAGUUCUGGGAAUUCUCCAAAGCUCUCUUCGACAAGCAGACUGAGUACUUCGAUGUGAAUGUCGUCAACGAGACCAGGAACAAGACCUAUGAAAGACUGGCCAAGCUUGCUGGCACCGUUGGCGUGGACUCAGACACCAUCUACUCAAAGCUCGAAAUCUCCACGAAGCCAGGCAAGGACGGUAGCUUGAAUGUCGGCAAUGGUGUCACCAACGACUUGAAGCCUCUCGUAAAGCACAACCGCUUGCAGGGUAUUCAUGUAACGCCGACAGUACUGUUCAAUGGCAUAGUCGAGAACGGAAUUGGCAGCAGUAGCAGCAAGCAAGACUGGGAGGAGUGGUUGGCGAAGAACAUUGUUUGA